GACGGCUAUUUACUCAACAAAAAGAUGUAAAUUAAAUCCUUGCAUUUCAAUGAAUGCUUCGUUGUUAGAUGAGCACGAUCGACGGCAACUGGUUCUUCCAUGAGAGAGAAGAAAGGCUCCAAAUCUUUCACUUCAACCUCUCCUUGUGCUCUUCUUCGUGACGCAUACCACAAUUGCUUCAACAGGUGGUAUGCGGAGAAGUUCAUGAAGGGCCACUGGGACAAACAAGAAUGCGUUUCCGAGUGGCAGAAAUACAAAGCUUGCCUUUCUGAACAUUUGGAAGAUAAAAAUCUGAUUCGUUUCUUAGAAGCUGAAGACACAGUUCAAGAUCGUGUUGUUGCUUCUCAGUAACUUUUUGGGACUAAGGUACCUAACUAACAGUGAAAGAAGCUUAUUCAUCGACUUAACGACACAGAAGAAAGAAGCUUAUUCAUGUGACUACCACUGUUGAUGGGGUAUUAUGUUUCGCUGCCUGUCUGUUAGGGGUUUGUUUGAACAGUGCAAGCUUUGUAUUCCGUGAGAGACCUCGGAUCUAUGGUUUAUUACAAAGGGUGAAAUGAGAACUUGGUGAGGGUGAAUUAGCGAGGAAUAUGCUUUGUAAAAGUUAUUUUCUUCCAUGAAUACA